GGGGUUGUUAUUUACUCGCACACCCUCUUCAGAGGCUCAUUCCCUCACGGCCAAACCAACCAGUCCAACUUCAGAUGCUGAGCAAACACCGACUGGGUUCCUGCUUCUUCCAGCUGAUGGUCCUGGCUUCAGUAGCUAAAAGCCAAUGAUUGUGCGCCAGCUCACCUGUAGAGGCCUAAUAAACUCCCACCUGCACCUCCACCUGAAAAGGCAGUGGGGCAACCAAGACAUGGCCAGACCCAGUUCAGACCUGGCAGCACUCAGGGAGAUUUUCUCCAAGGCCAAUGAUAUAGCCAUCAUCACAGGAGCAGGGGUGAGUGCAGAGAGUGGAGUCCCCACCUUCAGAGGAGCAGGAGGCUACUGGAGAAAAUGGGAAGCACAGAAACUUGCCACCCCCGAGGCGUUCUCCAGGAAUUCCUCCCGUGUUUGGGAGUUUUACCAUUACCGCCGCGAGGUUAUGCUCACCAAAAAUCCCAACGCCGCCCACUUGGCUAUCGCAGAGUGUGAGGAGCGACUGAGCAAACAGGGACGCAACGUUACGGUCAUCACUCAAAAUAUCGACGAGCUCCACCGCCGCGCCGGAUCCAAAAACAUCCUGGAGCUCCACGGAAGUCUGUUUAAAACACGCUGUAUGAGCUGUGGUCAUGAAGCAGCCAAUUACAAGAGCCCCAUCUGUGCCGCUCUGGAGGGCAAAGGAGCUCCAGACCCAGACACAGAUGAUGCCCAGAUCCCUGUUCAGCAGCUGCCCAGGUGUGAGCAGAAAGGCUGUCACGGUCUCCUGAGACCAGCUGUGGUUUGGUUUGGAGAGUCUCUGGACUCAGACAUCGUCAACCGCACAGAGAAAGUGUUGGACAGCUGUGACCUCUGCCUCGUGGUUGGCACUUCAUCCAUCGUGUAUCCAGCAGCCAUGUUUGCUCCUCAGGUGGCAGCCAGAGGUGUCCCUGUGGCCGAGUUCAACAUGGAGAACACGCCCGCCACCAUGCGCUUCAAGUUCCACUUCCCUGGCCCCUGUGGGACCACGUUACCCGCCGCGCUGGCACGCCAUGAGACUGAACAAGAAUGAGUGCUGCACAUCAGCUGCACACAGAUCAGUCUAACACUGGAGGACUUUAUUGGUACCAAAAACAAUGGGUUGAAUAUAAUGAAAAAAUGUGGUGACGGGAUUCUUGAAAAAUAACAGCAAUAAAACAAAAGACAAAAGUU